AUGGGUGCCAUAUUCCUGCUGAUCAUCACAAUGGUCAACUCUGCUAUCAUCCGACCAAAUGUUGUCGAGGCUGCACGUGGAGGUACGUGAGAAACGAAUUCAAUUAAAGUGCGAAUGCGGUUGAAAACGUAGAUUACGCGCGCUCUUGACCCUCUAGCAUGUCAAGGGCUAAUUUGCCAUAUGCACAGUUUUUCGUUGUUUUCCAUUUGUCGUGCCUAAGCUCAUCUAAGCAAAUGACAAUGAACAGUUAGGGACGGAAGAGUAUUUCUCAAACUAAGGCAAAAACCGAGUCAAGCCAAGCAUUUUUGAUUGACACUCCAAAUCCCAGGACCUAUGGAUGGAGUCGCCCGUCUCCAAUUCCGGGGACUGGUGGUGCAAACCGAAUUUGAAUGAGACAUGUUCUUGUCAUUGCAUAAUUCAUAUUCUGAUUGGCUGCCAAGAUUAGAAUUUCCGUUCUCUUUCCCCCUUCCGUCUGCCUUUUGUCCAUUCUCCCAAGACUUUCUCCCAAGAUGAUACGCAUUUCUGAUAAGUGGUAGUGAUGGGGAGAGACGAUAUGUCGUUCACCUUGCCGUUAUUAUCUAACUGUGGAAUGGAAUAGAGAAUACAUCUCAAGGAUACCAGAGCAUGACGGAAUAAUAACGGGGCGAGAGGUUCCCCGCACUCACAUACUGAUAUACGAUCUGUUAGUUAUAUCUGAAGGGGGUAUUUGAGGAGAAUUGAGGGCAUAGGUAAUUGGAGUGUAUUACGGAGUACUAUAGAGCCAUCGAGCCAUAAUUGCGCAACGCAGUCAUUGAAAUUGCGCCACACCUCUCACCUCGAAUAGUCGUGCUCCGCGGCAGCUGUCCAACACACAUACAUACUCCUAACCUAUUGUUCUUGUUGCGUCGAGAAAGAGAAGAACGCGACGUUUCCAUCAUCUUGUCCUUUUCCCCACUUAAUUACAAAUUUGAAUCAAGUACGAGCGAGCACACGGUUAAUUCGUUAAGUGCGUGUGCGGCGUCUCCUAGCGUGUGACAGACGUUCCGAAUAUUAUUAACAGCUUUGCGGGGCUUUGCCUAAUUGGUAAUUUUCGUUUGGCGGAGAGGACGCUUUGAGGAACACUGAAUACACUUGUCAGGGGACUUUGAAAGCUCGGAAUAUUAAAACGUUUUUAGACCUUAGUUUAUUCUCCGUUCGCAUUUGGCUUAGACUUUUGACAAGAAAGGAAGACUUCAGUGUUUCCGGUCCGUCUCAGAAUCUUCAUUAGCAUUCCAUGGUGUCUUACUAAUUGCAGUGGAAGGGUCUCCAUUUUCAAAUCUAAAAUAAAUUCAUGUCGAAGGAGAGAAAGAAGACACGGACCAGUUGCCCUGCCCUCUCUCGAGAUGAUGGUCUCAAAUUACCGGGAGCUUUCCUGGCAAUUAGCUGCCUUUUCAUUACUUACUGCUCCCGCGUGCGCGAGCAGCUGCAUUGUGCUCAAUGUUUACCAUUCACGUGUCCAUUGCACAUUUCAAGUGAGCCUAACACCAUCUCUCGUUCCUAUAUCCCCCAGCACUAAAAUACAAUCCAAACAAAUGAGUGCGAGAUAAACACAGAUAGAUCGGAAUCGGCUAUAUGCCCCGCACACACAUGUAGGUUUGGAAGCGUCUAGUGUUAAUAUCCAGCCAUGCAUAUACAUUACUAUGAAUUGAAAUGCCCUCAAGCAUAGAAUUUGGUUGGUACUUCAUUUGUUGUAGAGUUAUGAAACACUUUUGGGUAGUGGACGCAGAGACGGAAGAGAAUGCGCGGAGGGGGAUGGAGAAUGCCCAAACGGUACGGUAUGUCAAUCACGAACAUCACCUGUCGUGCCGUUUCUAGACAGGACAAAGAAACGAUAUAAGAUACUCUCGCACAGUCGGCAAGUCAAACGACUUCUUCCGAAAAUGUAAUUUAAUCCUGGCCACCUUGGUUCUGCUCAUUAGACACCUGUGCAUCUUGGGUUCUAAUUAUGAGCUGUGCUUGCCUAGAAUAGAACAAUGGAGGUGCUAAUGGAGGGGGUAACAGAAGGGUGAACAGCAGUGGGUAGUAGCCAGCAGGCCGCAACAUGACACAAUGCUUCUGAAAUUGCACCCCAUUCCACUUUUCACAGCGGGAGCCAUAAUCAAAUUCUAUUUUUUUCAGUGCCUCCUCGAAUGCGCAACGCGGAAACAAAGUUUCGAAUUCCAUUAGGUCAGAAACAAUUCAAGUUGAUCUGUCCGAUCAUUGCCACUGAUAAGGACAACACGAUGAUUCAAUGGUCCAAGAAUGGAGAGCAGGUAAGAACACACAACUAUCACUGAAAGAAAAAAGUAUGAGUUGCCAACCCGAUCUCACACGUCCACUUUAUCCGGUUAGGUAGUACUACCUCAUUUCGAUUAUAUGUUAGUAUGUGGCAAGGUCAUCCAUCAUUGUCAUUUGUAAUGCCGAGUGUGAUGGAGUGCGGCAGUGGUGCCACACUUGGACGGCGAUUGAAUCAGAGUGGCCGCCGGAGAGGGGCGAGUUUCAAAAAUGGAUGUACUACUAACACACUAGUUUAUGGACUUGCGCGCGCCGCAUCAUUUGCUCUUAGUUGAAGUCUCUUGGGACCAUACCAAAACAUAAUCAAUCAUACAAUACGUUUUUCGAUGCAAAUACGACGCACAUGGGGAGAUGCAUAAUAAAGUCUAUUUCUGUUUGCAGCUCGAUUGGGACAGCCAAUACAAACUAUCCAAAGAUGGGACGGAACUGAAGAUGAAAUCCGUGAAGUUCGAGGACAGUGGAAGAUACCAGUGCCAGGCCACCAACGGAUUCGGCCACAAAACCAUGGAAUUCAUUGUUCACGUUCACGACCAACAUGACCGCGGAAACUCUGUCAAAGACUAUCUUGUUCUAUCCAAUUCAAGUAAAUCAUUUUUGCAAAAACCGGUUCAACAAACGCAUUUUUUCAGCGGCCAGUCCAAGUUGGUUGAUUGACAUGAACUCGGAAUGGCGAUCUCCUAUCAAGAUCAACACGGGAGGCAAACUUGAGUUGCGUUGUCCGGCCCAAGGAAACCCGCUGCCGGAGAUUCGAUGGUAUCAGAAUGAAAUGGAAAUAAGCGAGAGUAAGAACAAAACCAAUCGGAUGAGUCCACUAUUUCACCAAAUUUUUAGAAACUCAUAAGCACGUCUCUUCAAUUGUCAUCGAGCCAGUGGACAGCUCUCAAUCUGGAGUGUACCGAUGUGUUGUGGAGAACUCGCUUGGAUCGCUGUCAUUUGCAUUCGACGUAACCGUUGGGGACUUUUUCGAUCCACCAACCACUGAUCCGACCGAACACCAACAACACUCUAUGGAACCGGUGAUUGACCAGCCAUACAAUAUCAGUGUUUAUGCUGGACACACUGCUCAAUUCCAAUGCAAAGUCAAGUCAAAUGAGAAUACUCUUAUCAAAUGGCUGAAAGAAGUUUCGGACCCAGCUGCAAUCCGUCGCAUGGAUCCAAAUGCCACUAUUAUUCAUGCAAAUGGAAUGAACCUUCUGGUGCUGGAUCACAUUCAAACGGAGAGUACUGUUCCACUGGAAGAUCUGGAGAACGUCUACACAAACCGAUUGACAAUCACCAAGGUGGACUAUCAUCACGCUGGAAAGUACAUCUGUGUGGUGACCAGUGCACAGGGACAUAUUGUCUACAAAUCUGCUGAACUGCAAGUUCUUUCCUCGUCUCUCAUCACGUUCCCGUUCACAUCUGACGGCUUCCUGGUUGUCUUGGGUGCCAUUGUAACUCUUUUCGUUUUCUUUGUCGUGUUGGCCAUUAUUUGGCUCAAGAAAAACCAGGAAUCGUCAUCUGCAAAAGACCUGAAGCCGCCACCACCACCGAGGAUGCCCCCACCAGCUGCUCCUCAGGAAAAUGAUUGGAACAGUGACAGAACCUUGCAUUCAUCAAAACCGUUAUUGCUGCAUAAUGCGAUGUUCAAGCAGACGACGCCACUUAAGUUCCACGCGGCUACCAUGGAUAGAAACAAUCUGCUGAGAGCGGAAAGACGUGAGUUGAAAUUGAAAUCAAACUGUUAACAUUACAUAAACGUUUCAGGUUUCGACGAAGUCUCAAAUGUCUACGACAACAGCACAGUUCACCCGUACUGGACUCAGCAACGCAACAACAACUCGAUCUACAACGGUGGAUACAGAACUCUGGAAGUUCAAAACCACAGGAACUACCCGACUUCGGACGAAUACACCGACCAGGACAUGUUCUAUUACAAACGUUAG